UUUAUCUUUGUUUCCUUCUUUCUGUCCCACGUUGUUUCCUUCCCUGUCCUCUUGCAAGAAAAAUAAGCCCCAGCUUCUGCAACAUCAAUCUUCAGAUUCAAUUCUUUACCGUUGCCUACACAAACUGUUGAUUAUAUAUAUAGAAUCUAUAUAAAAUCUGGGAAUUCAUAAAGAGUUUGAUUUUGAGAUAACAAGCAAUUAAUAUAUUUAUAUAUUAAAUAUAUUGAUUGUGGGGAUUGAAAAGAUGAAGGCCAUGAAAACUAUCGAAGAUCUCAUCGAAGAAGCGAAGAUUCGAACUGUUUGGUGGGCCCUUUGUAUAUUCUCUGUCUCGUACUUCUUAACACAUACAAGUAAAUCAAUGUGGAUGAAUGUUCCUAUAUCUAUUCUCAUAGUUUGUGGAUUACGGAUAUUGUGUAAUGAGGUUGAGUUCCGCUGGAAGGUCCGUAAUAUCCGUCGGCAGACCUAUCUUUCCCACUUAGAAAAGAAGCAAUUAUCUGUUAAUGAUUCUCGCCUUUCGAAUUCCCCUCCACCUCCAAAAUGGAAGAGAAAAAUUGACUCUCCAGUUGUGGAGGCUGCGAUGGAUGACUUUGUAAAAAAACUUUUGCAAGAUUUUGUUGUAGAUUUAUGGUAUUCAGAUAUUACACCAGAUAAAGAGGCCCCUGAGCUUAUACAUGCAGUGGUCAUGGAUGUACUUGGAGAAGUGAGUGGUAGAGUAAAGGAAAUAAACUUGGUUGAAUUGUUGACGAGGGAUAUUGUAGACCUUAUAGGUAAAAAUCUAGAUCUAUUUAGAAGAAACCAAGCUGCUAUCGGGAUGGAAGUUAUGGGGACGCUGUCUUCUGAAGAAAGGGAUGAAAGGUUGAAGCAUCAUCUCUUGGCUUCUAAGGAGCUUCACCCAGCAUUGAUAUCUCCAGAGUGUGAGUACAAGGUUCUUCAACGGCUUACGGGCGCGCUUUUAGCAGUAGCACUUAGACCACGGGAAGCCCAAUGCCCUCUUGUUCGAUGCAUUGCCCGGGAGUUGGUAACUUGUUUGGUGUUGCAACCUCUCAUAAAUUUGGCCAGCCCUGCGUAUAUAAAUGAGUUGAUUGAGUAUAUUUUGACUGCUCUUAAAGAUGUGAGCAUUAAACAGAUAGGUCUUGGUCAAUCGCCCAAUGUAGAGGGUCAUAAAGGUGAUCAUGUCAUUACUGGAGAUCAACAUCAUGUUGAAGCUGCCACAAAUAUAGCUACAUCUUCUCAAAGUAAAGGGACUGACAUGACACUGUCCAGAUAUGAAACUGCAAAAGAAAGUGUAUCAGAUGGUUCAGAAAAUUCCAUCACCAACACAAGUCAUAAUGAGGCCAUGCAUCCACGAUCUGCUGAAUGGGCUAGAGUCCUUGAGGCAGCUACCCAGAGAAGAACAGAAGUUCUUAUGCCUGAAAAUCUUGAGAAUAUGUGGGCAAUAGGAAGAAAUUACAAAAAGAAGGUUCAGAAACUUGCUGCUGCAGGAGGUCAGUCUCCUCUAAUACAGGGGUCAGAUUCAAGCAAUGCACUGUCUACCAAUUUGGAUAAGGAAAUAUCAGCUCAGAAGGCUGAAGCAUUCACAAGAAUGGAGAAUCAACCUUUAACCCCGGCACAUUCAAGGCCUCCGAUAGAUUCUCGACCAAGUAAUCAAAUCAGUAGUGCAACCCUUAAUACACCAACUCUGAACAAAGUAGUAUCUCUUAAGGGAAACCGAAUUGUAAAUGAAAGUGAGAAUUCCACAUCUUCUAUUGCUAGUGGAAAUAAAAAUAAGAUGACUAGAUCAAAUAGCACCCCGGAUUUGAAUACUGAACCAGUAAUGAAAACUGAUUCUAUCUGCAAGAGUGGUGGAUCAGUUAUAUCCGAGUUCUGCGAUAAAGAUCUUAGCAGCACGAGUCAAGCUACUAAUGCAAAAAGUGCUCUAAAUAUGGUUUCAUCUAGUGAGGGACAACAGGCGGUGAAGCUAAGGUGUCGGGUUGUGGGAGCAUAUUUUGAAAAACUUGGGUCAAAAUCUUUUGCAGUUUAUUCAAUUGCAGUGACAGAUAUUGAUGGAAUAACCUGGUUUGUUAAAAGAAGAUACAGGAAUUUUGAGAGAUUGCAUCGUCAGCUUAAGGAUAUUCCCAACUAUACUUUACAUUUGCCUCCCAAAAGAAUAUUUUCUUCCAGCACCGAGGAUGCUUUUGUUCAUCAACGCUGCAUUCAACUUGACAAGUAUUUGCAAGAUCUCUUGUCAAUUGCUAAUGUUGCUGAGCAACAUGAAGUGUGGGAUUUUUUGAGUGUUUCAUCAAAGAAUUAUUCUUUCGGAAAAUCCCCCUCCAUGAUGAAAUCCCUGGCAGUCAACGUGGAUGAUGCUAUGGAUGACAUUGUACGCCAGUUCAAAGGGGUUUCAGAUGGAUUGAUACGGAAAGUCGCUAGUCCAACUUCAGUACCUGAACCAGCUUCUUCGGCUUAUGGAAGGAAUUUAUCCUUGAAAGAAGAUGAGAUAAACAAGUUAAAUCUGAGACGGGAUACUGCAGAUUCAAUUAAUAGUUUUUCUGAUGAGGAGGGUGAUAAAAGUACCAACCUUCAUGGUAAGGAUUCAGGAUAUGAUAUACAAACUAAUGGUUGGCAUUCAGACAAUGAACUGAACUCAAAGGAAUUUCCACCAAGGGUUGUUACACGUAGUGACGACUUUAGAAACAUCUCUUCUGAGGAAAAAGCGUUUUCUACUCUGCAGUCUGAAUUGUCAAGUCUCCGUGCUUCUCCCGGGGUGAAAUCCCCAUUAACUCCUGGACAACUGGACGAUCCAAUUGGAGUACCACAAGAGUGGACACCACCAAAUUUAAGUGUACCCCUGUUGAAUUUAGUUGAUAAUGUCUUCCAGUUAAAGAGAAGAGGCUGGCUAAGACGGCAAGUGUUUUGGAUAUCUAAGCAAAUACUGCAGCUAAUGAUGGAAGAUGCUAUUGAUGACUGGCUCUUGAUGCAAAUACAUUGGCUCCGCAGAGACGAUACAAUUGCUCAAGGAAUUCGCUGGAUCCAGGAUGUUCUUUGGCCUGGUGGUAAAUUCUUCCUGAAACUCAAUAUUAGAAGUAAAGCAGAUGACAAUGAAACUAAUGACAUAUCUUCGCAAAGUACAAGCCUUUCAGCCAGCAGCAAUACCUCUAAACCAGGUUCGUUUGAGCUCCAGCUUGAGGCUGCUCGGCGAGCUAGUAAUGUCAAGAAAAUGAUCUUGAGUGGAGCUCCUGCUGCACUAGUCGGCUUAAUUGGACACAAACAAUACAAGCGCUGUGCUAGAGACAUAUUUUAUUUCCUCCAGUCUACCAUAUGUUUGAAGCAAGUAACAUAUGAAAUUCUUGAACUUGUGCUUGUAUCUAUUUUCCCUGAGAUGGGUGACGUCGUUUUGGAUAUGCAUGAAAAAAUGCGGACUCAAUCUCUUUAAGGUGGCUGCUUAAUCGUCUUGGCACUCCUCAUCAGUGGUGUUCUACAGUAUAUUGGGCAACUUGUGUCCUAAUUCACACAAAUCUCAUACCUCUGCAUCGUCAUUGUCCAAGAUUGGCAAAUCAUGGACUUCGCUUCUAGGCAAACUGGCUUUUCGAGUAGUGUUAUGUUUUGUAAACAAAGAGGUAGUAUGGUAAAUUCUGACAUUGUUCACGUAUACGGGGGCAGUUUAUUGACCUCCUCCACCCAACUAUACAGAGAUUGUAACCAGAAAUUGUACAGAACUUUUGUUUUGUGUGUUAGCAUUUUCUACAUAUCAGUAGAUAUUGUAAUUAUAUUAAUCCGCAGUCCAGCAAUAUUUAUUCA